AUGGUGGGGCAUGGCGAGAUCGAGCUGCUUCCGCAAGGUGCUCCUACUCCCGGAGACGGGUUCAACCUGGCAGCCGUGGCCAGGAACGUAAGAUUGCCAGACCGCGAGUGCCGCCGCGUCUACGAGGCUUGGCGCGACUCGGACUUGGCCCUUGGUGGCCGCAAUCGCUUCCUCUGUGCGGGCAGGUGCAUGGUCGGCCCGAACAUCGACAAGCGCUUUCAGCCGAUGGUCCGCAAAAUGUCGUAA